GCUCCCUGUGUGCCCGAUCUCCGCCACGCCUUGGGUCCCCGAGGAUGGAGUCAUGCAUAAUAAUAAACAAUGUGCUGAGUUGAGCGGGCUCCCUGUGGGAUUGAUAGAUAUCUUAGUGGAAAUCUUUAGACGAAUUUGAACAUGUUUGAUAUAUUUGUGCUUCCGAUUUUUGGCUAUAUUAAUACGUAGUUUCAAAUGACCUAUGACACAAUUAUUUACUGUUACGUAACUCCGUAACUUCAAUAAAUCAAUAUAACCCAAUCCCUGAAACCUGCCCUUCCAUCCUAAGUAUAGAGGCCUUUAGUGUUUGCAGACAAACGCCAAAAAAUGCAAUAUAAUUUCAGCACGUUUUGUUGUAUAGGACAUUGAUUUUUGGUGUGCGUGAUGAAGCCCACGUUUUAUCACGCAUGGGGUGAUCAACUAGACGCUUUUAAAUACUUGUAGCGCCUCGGACGAAGAGUUCUCUUUAUGUGUAUUGUGUCGUCUAUCCAUUUAAAAUUGAAAUACAACUUUAUAAAUAUAGAAAAAGUCGAUUAAAUUAUAAACAGGAACAGCAGGCACGUUUUCCGAGGGAAAUUCUGCAGUCAUCGCAAUCAGGAAGGCUGUCUCUCUGCUGUUUUUUUUUUUUUACGCGUGAACGACCACGUUAAACCUGAUGGCAUGCCAAGAAUGCUUUUCUGCGCCUGAACGGCGAAAUCAAUGAAUGUCAAUUCAAUGAAUGCUCAUUAGAUAUAUUGGGCAAAUUAUGAAUCAAACUCCGCUAAGGUUACUGGCGGGCUCACAUACCCCCCAUCCCCAAAAAGGUGGAUGGCGGCGGGUCAUACCCCAGCCUCCUAAAUCCGGUCCCUAGCUUGGCCGAUUGUUUUGACCUCGUCCCUAUAGUUCUCCUCUUCGAAAAAAGAAAACAACUGUUCAAUUUCAAUUACCUAAAACGUCACUUAAAGGAUUGAACAGCAAACGCAGAAAAGACGAGUUUUGGCUUGUUUGCGGGAUAAAUAAUCUUCAAGAAAUCUGAGCAGGCGAGUUUCUUCAAUGUAAAUAAAGCACAGUUGGACCUGAAGAAAAUGUAACAAAACUUUUUGGUGAACUUAGAUCAGCUUAUUCCAAAAGAACAUGCAAAAGCUGUAAAAGGAAGAUUGACUCGUUAGUCAAAAAAGAGAAAAUUCUGAAUGAAGAUAAGGCAUUGAAUGAUUUCUUUUAGAAUUCGUCGCGUGAUAUUUCUACGGAGGAUGCCGUUUUGAAUGCGGGAUUAUUAUCCCUCAGCGGAUACAGGUUUUCUUUCUCGCGCCGCGCUCCCUGUGUGCCCGAUCUCCGCCACGCCUUGGGUCCCCGAGGAUGGAGUCAUGCAUAAUAAUAACAAUGUGCUGAGUUGAGCGGGCUCCCUGUGGGAUUGAUAGAUAUCUUAGUGGAAAUCUUUAGAUCGAUUUCAACAUGUUUUAUAUAUUUGUGCUUCCGAUUUUUGGCUAUAUUAAUACGUAGUUUCAAAUGACCUAUGACACAAUUAUUUACUGUUACGUAACUCCGUACUUCUAAAGAAUCAAUAUAACCCAAUCCCUGAAACCUGCCCUUCCAUCCUAAGUAUAGAGGCCUUUAGUGUUUGCAGACAAACGCCGAAAAAUGCAAUAUAAUUUCGGCACGUUUUGUUGUCUAGGACACUGAUUUUUGGUGUGCGUGAUGAAGCCCACGUUUUAUCACGCAUGGGGUGAUCAACUAGACGCUUUUUUAAAAGCGUCUAGUUUUAAAAAUACUUGUAGCGCCUCGGACGAAGAGUUCUCUUUGUGUGUAUUGUGUCGUCUAUCCAUUUAAAAUUGAAAUACAACUUUAUAAACAUAGAAAAAGUCGAUUAAAUUAUAAACAGGAACAGCAGGCACGUUUUCAGAGGGAAAUUCUGCAGUCAUCGCAAUCAGGAAGGCGCUCUCCUGUUUUUUUUACGCGUGAACGACCACGUUAAACCUGAUGGCAUGCCAAGAAUACUUUUCUGCGCAUGAACGGCGAAAUCAAUGAAUGUCAAAAGCUAUGGAAAUUAGAAAUAGCCGCUCAAUUUAGAAACAGGAAUAAAAAUAUCGUAUGUAAUAGCUGAAGCUAUUCUUCGCUUGGGUCUUGUGUCCUGAACAUUCCUACAGAACAGAGCUCAACGAUCUCUCUCACCGCCGAAGUCUCAAGCAUGCGAUCGUUGUUCGCAGUCGUUGGUCUUGCUCUACUAGCUGUCUGUAUAAGCGGUGAUGGAGCUCUGGACGAAGACUCCAAUGGAGAAGAAGUACGACCAGUGCGGAACAUUACCAUUUUUGGUUAUAUUUGAUAAACAAUCUGAUUAACCAAUCAGAGAUGAGUAUUACUAUGCCCAGUCUCACGCGGACACGCCUCAACUCAGAGUGGGAAAACAAAAUGGCUCCUUCCUCGAUCCACUCCUACGGUACCACCGCCGGCACUAGGCGUACGUGUGCUCACAGCACAGGUACAUCUUCUGAAAAAAAGGAUGGCACUUCUCGAACUUAAGCUUCUUCGGGGUCGAGAUGGCCGAGAUGGCCGCGACGGAGUACCAGGCAAACAAGGACCCCGUGGUCCUUCAGGGACGCAUGGCUCUCGUGGCCCCCCCGGACCAGCAGGACCUCAAGGUCCCCCAGGACACUCUUCAGGGGGGACACAAUACAUCCGAUGGGGGAGGAGAGAUUGCCCACGCGGCGCUCUCGAGCUCUACGAUGGUUGGGUCGGGGGUGCACACUAUACCCAUGCAGGCGGCGGCAGUAACUACUUAUGCCUUCCCGACAAACCCCGCUACGCUCGCUUCACAAACGGGUACCAGAACGGUGGCCGCAUCUACCAAACAGAGUACGAAGUAAACGACAACUCCAUUUUCGCUCGUGGUCUCCAUGACUACGACGCGCCGUGUGCCGCUUGCUACGUGCCAAAACGCACCGCCAACAUUAUGAUACCCGCUACCACAGCUUGCCCGAGCGGCUGGACCCGAGAGUAUUGGGGCUACCUGAUGACGUCACAUUACGCUCAGGCGCACGAAUAUGAAUACAUUUGCGUCGACACAAAUGCGCAGGCCUUCCCCGGCAGCCACGCGAAUCACAACGGCGCGCUCCUUUACCCGGUGCAGGUUUCAUGUUCUGGCCCACAGUGCAAGUAUUAUCAGGGAGACAAGGAGCUAACGUGUGUGGUUUGCACCAAGUAGACAUCUCCAUGUUACAUUGAAAAGAUCUGGAAAUCAUCACGAGUCACGCCAUGUAGUCACGCAAUGACCCCAGUUAACAGUCACGCCAUGUAGUCACGCAAUGACCCCAGUUAACAGUCACACCAUGUAGUCACGCAAUGACCCCAGUUAACAGUAACGCCAUGUAAUCACGUAAAGACCUCAAUACUCCAAAAACUGGAAAUCGACUCUGCCAAAUUUUCGUCUUUAAUAAGACUUCUUCAGGGCAUACUCAAAGACGUAAAGACCUCCAUGUAGUCACGCAAUGGAUCACAGAACAAGGAAAUGGAACACGGAAUUAUGAACUCAACAACAUAGGUAAACUUAGUUAAGAUAAAAGUAAUUCUUAAUUGUAUUGUAAAAUAAAUCCCAGUUUUGAGGAAUAUAAGCAAUGAGCAGAUAAAAAAAUGUUUAUAGUACCAUGUUUAACCAAAUAAAAAACGAACAUUUCAAAUCC